GUAUCAUUGGAAGGGCGCCGCCGGUGACCUUGUUGAAUAGCAUGUCUACAACCUAUUAACGCAUAUCACUAUGGAGGUACCUAUUACUCGGCGGGGCAUUUCGUAAAUCAGACCAUAGAUCAUGCAUAAAAGAAUUAUCGCUUGUCCGCAUCCGCCACUUUACAUGCACAACUAAGACCAGUAUUAUGCUAUUAUUAGGCAUAUUGAUGUGACUCGUGGACCACAAAGAACACAUUCUACCGGUUGGAAUUGUGCGUUAUUCUCUCCAUUUGGAUUUUUAGCAACAGGCGUUGUAGACGCGCCUUCGACCUGAAAGGAUGAUAACCUUUACUAUUCUUACCGCUACACAUCAGAUGGACAUCGCAAACAGACACAUUACCGGAUAUAUGAUAGUAUGUGUAUUGUCUCUGGACAAACCGAAGAUCACUAGCCCGAGUAUGACCAGCGAGCCAAUGCGGAAGGCAAGAAUGUCCACCACCAGAUUGGAAACGAAGGAUUUAGAGGAUGGGGCCAUCACCCCUUUGAACUACGUGAAAUUCCAAAAAGUGACUACGCUCACAAUCUUCAUCGCUGACAAUCAACAAGGCACUGAUGUGACUCGCAUCGACAAACUUUUGUUUUAUGGCUCUCCAGUGAACACCACGAACAUGCAGAAUUUUAAGCGGGUCGCAGGCAAAUCCGGUGAAGCGCACUCUUGAGACAUUUUUCCUGGGUCUCCCCUGUGCUGGAGCGCCUCCGUUGCCGGCCGUCUUCUUCAUUGCGGCCUUUGACCGUUUGGUGGGACCUGCUUUCUUCUCAAUCUUUCCUACAUUUGCUAUUGGCCGAGGAGAGCUAGUUCGGGUGCAAAUCUAACGACCGUUACCUACUAUCGCUUCCUUUGCCGAUAUAUGUACCUGAUUA